AUGGUGGCCGACUCCAGCAAUUUCACCAGCAACCACAACCACAACCGUCACCAACAACCACGACAGUCACCAGCAACCACAACCGUCACCAACAACCACAACCAUCACCAACAACCACAACCGUCACCAGCAACCACAACCAUCACCAACAACCACAACCGUUACCAGCAACCACAACCAUCACCAACAACCACAACCGUCACCAGCAACCACAACCACAACCACAACCGUCACCAACAACCACAACCGUCACCAGCAACCACAACCACAACCGUCACCAACAACCACAACCGUCACCAGCAACCAUAA